UUUCACAACAAAUUACAUAAACAAAUUCUUUGCAAUAAUUAGAAAAAAUAAAUAAUUUAACUUUUUGAUUUUGCGAGAUUUGAUGACAAAAUUGUGUGAUAUGUCGUGCAAUUAUUUUCGCACCAUUUUGUAUAUAAAUAGAUUCAUAACCCCAUUGUUGCGUGUUACAUUGCUGACAUGAUUGUAGUUGUAAGGAAUUUAUAUCAAUUUACAUUCGAUAUUUCUUUCGAUAUAGACACAUGUAAUGAAAUAUAUCGAUUUAACUGUGUUAAUUCGAUACACAUUGCAUUUAUUAUUGCAUCAAUUAAACUGAUAAUGUACAAUUUAUCGAUUUAUCGUUAGCUCUGUAUUUUAUAUUAUUGUAAUUAACACGUGUCAUGUUUGAUAUUCCAGGUAAUUAAAUAAAAUCGCAAUUGUUGGAGAAUCCCUGUUGUCAACAUGUUCUCGAGAAAUGUUUCUUCCGAGCGACGAGCAAAUCUCAUCGAUAGAAAAAGAUCCGCAUCCGCGGGAGCAUCGUUGCAGAAGAUGCGAUCUUCGACUGGCGGAAAGUCCAUAAAAACCGGCGCGACAAAACCACGAGAUUCUUGCGAGCAACGGCUUCUUUCGCAAAAGGAGAAUAAGAAGGUGCGCGACGAUGCGAAACACAAGGGUCGAUUGUACGACGAGACGUGUGUUGCCAGCGCGGAUAACAAUGAUCCGAUUUACAUUUUACGGAAGGAAAUACAAGAUUGGAGACUGUCAGAGCAAUUAGCGAACGGAUCUGAACGCCAUCAGCGUGCCAUCGAAGAUGAAACAGAGAAGAGUUCCGUUCAAGAAAGGUGUAGUCAAGUUAUCACAAAGAAUCUACAAGAUGUUCUACCUGAUCCAGAUAUUUUACCCAAGUUACCGAGCAUUAUCGUCCUCGAUCGGUCAACGCAAUGCACGUGAGUACAUACUGUGUGUGAGAAUUUCUUAUUACCAUUUGGAACUUUCAUAUUUAUUGAAAUUUGAUAUGCGCUUGCGUGAAAACUCGUGAAAGUUUCGCGGAAGCAGAUUAUUAUCCUGAAUUUUUGUGUCGAAGACGCAGUUGCGUAUACGUGGUUUAUUAAAUAUUCAAACAUUAUACUUUGUAAUGCAUCAUGAGAGAAACGACAAAAUGAUUGCGAAACUUGUUCGGUACUAAAACUUUGUUCUCCGUUUAGAAACGAUCACGUUUCUGAAAAUAUCCAUGUAUUGUAUAAUGUCCUUUUGCGAUCUUU